ACAGCUUGGAUCGCAAGAUCCAUAGGUUGCUCUCGUUCUUCAUUUCUAGCUCACUGGACAGACAGAACAGGCUCCUUUUCGUUUCAAUCUCGUAGUCGCUGCAUUCGACCACGCCAUCGCAUUCGAUCACCAUGUGCCCAAUGCUGCUGAACGGUCUCUCUGAUGGCCCGGCGAUGGUCCUAUCCCCUCCCCAGGACCACGCUUUUGUUCAAUUCCCUCGCCAGCCCAAGUUCACCCACGACACAGAGUCGCGGUCCUUCUUCUCUAAUAACAACAACCCCUUCCAACCAUCCAGACCCUCCCGCAAGAGGUCGCGUGACGAAGACUCCUUCGAAGAAGCCAUGAACGGAAACAGCACUCCCAUGUCCAUCGUGGCUGCUUCUGCUCCGCAACCCAGAAAGCAAGAGGUCGAAGAGCCCAUUUAUGGCGAAGGCAUGGUUCUCCUCAACCCUCGCACCAAGAUGGCCAUCUCAGCAGAAAGCCAGACUGGCACGUGGUAUGAAGAGACUGUCGAGAAUGUCACCACCGCUGCCCCGGUCUCGUCGCGUCGUUCCGGCAGUCCUUCUGCUAGCCGUAAAGCUCAGCGUCUGGAUCCCGCUGCUUCCAAUUUCGACGAUAUCACCCUCUCCUCCAUUCAGCGCAAAAUCAACACCGACCAGCAAGACGACAAUCGCCGAAUCCUCAACGCGGGUAACCGCUCCGAAGAACCCACUGUCGACGACGCUACGCGUCUUCUCGGGAUCAGCUGGCAGCGGAUUGCGACCGAUGACGCCGAUAUGGCGGCUGCCGUGCGCGGCUGGAAGAAGUAUAUUGAUCGGCAGUUCGCGACGUACCUGGCCGAUUCACAGAUCCUCCUGAAAAACCGGGCACUGAAUGCCUAUCUUGUCACCGCACGACCAAUGACGCCAAUGGGAGUUUCCCCUACACCGGCCUUUUAUCUUUUCAACGAUGACCUCACCCAAGGACAGCUCGUGGGUUCCACAUGGGAAGCCUGCCUCAUGAACCUUCGCUCGUCUCCCAUCGUUUUCGAAGGCACACAGAUUCUGAAUGCCGCAGACAGGCCGCUCAACAACGGCAUGGCCUCGAUGGGAGUUCAGAACCUGCUGGGCGCGAACCCGGUAGAUUCAGGUCUUCCACUCCUCCAGACUCUCUGUGCCCAGCCCGUGAACCACGGCAAUGGCAUGGGGUUGAACAACAGCGUAGGAAUGGGAACGGGGAUGGAGAUCGACGCGUAAGCCAUUGGCAGCAGUCUUAUCAGCAGCAGAAAAGGCACCUCUCGACGUAUAACACCUCACGCCUCAAAUAAAAAACCCGAUCGACCAACGAACUCGGCGGACAUACAGCGGAAGCGACUUUCAACCUCG